AUGCGUCCCCCACGAAGCUUUCGCGUCUCGGCGAUCCUCCUGGGAUUGGUACUGGCUUGUCUAGCGAUCAACGUUGUCGCUGUAGAGGAGACUCAGACCAGCCCUGACUUGGACGCUGACGUGUGCUCUCCACUCCUCGAAGCUCGCACCCUUCUCACUGCCCUCCAACCCUCGCCAAAUGCCCAUCUUAUCGAUAAAGUCGGAUCACUAGCUACCGAUACCCGAUCAUGGGGUCGAGGUAUGGGCUGGACAGAUGAGGGCCCACUAUCUACGACUCUGCGCCUACUACCCCGCUUCAUCCGCACGCUGAACAAUCUCCCAGCUGCCCUCCUUCAGUCGGUCUCGCAAAGUCUGCGGGUACCAGGACUCGAACGGCGGUCAUCAUCACGGUCAGAUAAGGGGAGUGGAGGCAAGAUCAGUCGGGCACGGAGGGAGAAGGUGGAGCGGAUGUGGACUCUUGUUGGAGAGGCGGAGGAGAGGGGGUGUACAGAGGCUUUGAGCAUGCGGGCAAAAUUGAGAAUGUUCCCACCAAGAGGUGUGAAGCAGGAUCUGCCAGCUGCAUUUGUGGCAUAUACCAAACUGCUCGAGUCAAAGCCGGACGCAGAAGCACAGUUCUUCGUUGGCUUUUUCCAUGCCACAGGCUUGGGCGGUGUGGAGACGGAUCAAGCGAAAGCUACCCUCUACUACACCUUCGCCGCUUUGCAAGGCUUCCGACCGGCCGAGAUGGCCCUUGGAUAUCGAUACUGGGCAGGCAUUGGAGUUAAGGAGGACUGCUUUACUGCAUUGGACUGGUAUGAGGCCGCCGCAGAAAGAUCUUAUGCCCAUUUUCUGUCGGGACCACCUGGGGGACGUACACUCCCGCUCACUUCGACUCGCCUAUCUGAUCUCGCCGGGGGGAUCUAUGGCCCGCACGCUUCGUGGGCAUCUACAGGCGCCAUGGCUCAACGCAAUUCCAUUCGCGCCUCCUCAGCAUCCGCGCGGGGCGAGACAGAGCGCGAAGUAUUGGAGUAUUACCAGUACCACUCUGACCGGGACAGCCUUGUCUACACAGUCCGCCUCGGUCGACUCUUCUACUUCGGUUCAGUCUACUUCCUCCCAGGGGGUAUCUCCAGCGGUGGCGAAGGCGUCGGAGAGAUACCGCAGGACUACCGAAAAGCGAAAGAGUACUUCCUCCGGGCGGCGAGGCAGCUUUGGCCCACGGACUUUGACAGUGAAGGCAAGGUGAUGCCCAAGCGGAAGAUGAGCAAGGAGCAGGAGGAUUCGGUAAGGGAUCCGGCCACUAUAGCGGCGGGCUUUCUGGGGAGGAUGUCUAUGCGUGGCGAAGGCGGAAAGGAGGACUGGCGGAGGGGGAGGAUGUGGCUCGAGCGAGCUGCCGAGCUGGGUGACCGCGAAGCUCAUAAUGGUCUGGGAGUCAUCCAUCGGGAUGGGCUAUUGGUACCGGUCGACAAGCAGAAGGCGUAUCAUUACUUUGGCGCUGCAGCUGGACAAGACUUGGCGGAAGCUCAAGUCAACAUGGCGAAACUUCAUCUGGAACGCGGUGAGCGGAUCCAAGCUACUCAAUACCUCGAUGCCGCCAUCCGCCAUGGCUCGCCGUUCGAAGCCUUUCACCUUCUGUCCCGUCUACAUGCGCGCACGGCCCGUUCUCAGGCCGCUUCAGGCUCCGGCGGUCAAGGCAUGUGCGGCGUCAGCGUGGCAUGGUACAAGCUCGUCGCGGAGAAGGGCGAUUGGACGGAGCCAUACAUGCAGGAAGCGGACAGAGCGUACCUGAGGGGAGAGGAAAAGAAGGCAGUCUUGGGGUGGUGGAUCGCCGCUGAGAUGGGGUACGAGACGGGCCAGAAUAACGUGGCGUAUCACCUCUCGAAGCAUGGAAGGGAAGAUGGAGAGGGGAUCAGGGGUCUGCAGGGUAAAGGGGGCGAAGAUUGGAAGGAGAAGGAGGUCAGGCUGUGGGUUAGGAGCGCGGCGCAGGACAAUGUCGAUGCGAUGGUCAAAGUCGGGGAUUACUUCUACCAGGGCAUCGGUGUCAGUCCGGAGGCGAGAUACGAAAAGGCGGCAGGGUACUACCAGACCGCUGCGGACACACAGACAUCCUCCAUGGCGUACUGGAACCUGGCAUGGAUGUACCAGAACGGAGAAGGGGUACCAAGGGAUUGGCACCUUGCCAAGCGAUACUACGAUCUAGCAGGUGAGACCAGUAGUGAGGCUGGAUUGGCUGUGGGUGUGAGCCUGAUUGGGCUGUAUCUGAAGAGUAUAUGGGUCGAGUUCAAGACUCGUGGAGAAGUCCCGCGGCUCCCGUUAUUCGAGGACAUCGAGGACGAGCACCGUACCAUCUCCGCUUGGGAACGGAUCAAAUCCGUCUUUGCGCCACCGGUCUGGGAUGGCGAUGAGGAUCCCACCGGUCAUAAUGGCGGCGGCGAGGACGGAGCGGACGACUAUGGAGGGUCAGGUUGGGCCGGCGGAGACGAGGACAAUCUCAAUGGAGGUGUUGGGGGACUGGACGAGGCGGAAGAUCUGCUGGAGACUGUGAUGAUCCUUGGUCUGUUUGGGCUGCUCGGCGCUCUUGUCUGGGUGAGAGGGAGAUUCCUGGCUCAGAGGGAAGCCGGAAUGGACCAUGCUGGGGCGAUGGGCCAGCAAGCGGGGCCAGGAGCGGUUCCGGGACAGGCAGGUCAGGUGGGGCAGGAUGUCGCAGCGGGAUUGCAAAGAGAGGCGGAUAGGAGAGAGCGGGAAGCGAUAGGGCUGCCAGUGGGGUGGGAGCCGCCCUUACCUUAG